GAAAGAUGCGAACCCUGUUGUGUUGUUACUUUUCGCUCCUCUUGCUGACGAUACAAGUGGAGUUUCUUUCUGUCCAGGGAUAUACGUUAAUGCAACAUUUGGCCAAACAAGCUAACGCUCUGGAAUAUGGACUAAAAUUGGCCUCCAGAUCAAAGUGGGGAUAUGGUUAUGGAGGAACCAGAGUAGCUUUUACAGUAGUUGCAUCCAGUUCAAAGAAAGUUAGUAGCGGAAACCACGUCUACUACAACCAAGUUGUUACCAAUGAAGGGCAAGGUUUCAAAAGCGGGCAUUACUUCCAAGCUCCACAUGCUGGCCUUUACGCAUUCACCUGGUCAACUCGGCCCUAUUCUACCAAUCAAGCAAAUACCGCGAUCCGUGUGAAUAACUCUUAUAAGCAGUAUCAAUAUUGCUACACCGGCACUUCUUCCUAUACGGAUUCUUGUUCCUCAUUCGUGAUACUGAGCUUGAGCACAGGGGAUAAAGUAUCUAUCCGUUCUGUUUCUUCUAAUACAUAUAUAUACUCAAGCUACAGCUCGUUUUCCGGCAUGGAAUUGUAACAGUAAU